UUCUCCAAUAUCCUCCUAAAAAAUUCUAGGGUUUCUCUUCUUCCUUCUUCCUCUCAAUUCCUUCAAACCCCAAACCAAAUCAAACAAGAAAAAUCCCUUCAUCUACACAUAUGCAACCUCCAAACAUAUUCCAAAUUCAUCAAGGAUUCAUAUAAUAGCCCUUUUUUUCCCGUAAAAAAACAGCUAUUAUAUAUAUAGUGUUUGCGUGGUUUUUUGAAUUGAUAAUGAUAAUCUCUGCAUUCCUUCGUUUCACUUCAUCUUGUGUGUUCAAUAAGCUUACAAAUCUUCGUGUUUUUGGUCCUGGAUUGAACCCUUUUGGUCCUUACAACUUGGCUAAUCAUUCCUCUCGCUAAAGCCCUAAUUUUUUCUUGGUUGUUUACCCCUGGAUCAUGUAAAAUUGAAGGGUGUUUAAGAAGAUUAUCACUUGUUUUGGGUCUUGUCUAUUGAAGACUUUUCUGGGUUUUUCUCGUAGUCGGAAGACAGAUCAAUCUUGUUGGUCAAAGUUGUUAGUUUUUAUGUAAAAAGGUCUUGUUUUGGUGUAUUGAGAUUCAGUAACUGAUAUACAAGUAGAGUCUUUAGACUUGUUGUUGAUUAGUUUUUCGAAAUUUCUCUUCCGGACACUGUGAAAGAAGAUUCUGCAAGAAAGAAUAGAAUUGGAUUGAGUAUUUGUUUCAAUUUGUGGCAAUAAGGAUUGGAUUUUGGAGCUUUGUUUAUUAGGGAAGUGGAGAAGAGGAAAAUGGAGGAGGAUCAGGUUGGUUCAACUCGACGAUCGAGAAGAAUGCGUAUAACUGCAGGUGAUACGGAUGAUCGCGGUUGGACUCCACUUCACAUUGUUGCUCGGAAAGGUGACCUGAAACAGGUUAGAAGGCUUCUUAAUGAAGGCAUGGAUGCAAAUGUGAUGGCAGGGGGGCCAAAAUCAUUUGGUAUGACCCCACUUCAUCUUGCUGCUAAGGGAGGUCACGUGAGAGUUAUGGAUGAAUUGCUUGAGAGAGGUGCUGAUAUCGAUGCUCGUGCCAAGGGUGCAUGUGCAUGGACUCCUCUCCAUCAUGCUGCCAAAGAGAAAAAGAAGAAGGCGAUUAAAUUCUUGAUUAGAAAUGGUGCAUUUUUGCCAGAUGACAUCUCUGACCCCAGGUUCAAUCCGCCACUUCACUAUUGUCCUGGUCUUGAAUGGGCAUAUGAGGAGAUGAAGCUGCUUCAGCUAGAGAGUUCAUCAUCUGGCGAGGCCUCCUACAGCUCGGAAAACUGAGGUGGAAUUGAUUGCGUUCCAAGUGUUGCUAUGUAAGAGUUCAGGAUGAACUCCUCUCAAUGUAGUCUACUAGAUAUUAAGUAUUGUCGUCAGUCUACUCAAGUGUUGCAUUUGGAUUUUAUGUUCUCUAUCUUUGUGGUUUGCGUGUUUGGUAUUUUACCAAGUAGUUGUUACUGUGACUCGGGUCACUGUAAACAAUCUGUCUCUGUUCACCAUCUGCUAUAGCUGUGUGACAUGUCGUCCAGAAAACAUUUCAUAUGUGAAAAUUGUACAAUAUGAUUGUGGGUUUUGUGAGUUCUAAAUAAUUUUGCCUUGGAGCUGUUCUUGUUUGA